AUGGAAGACCCUGAAUUUAAUUUGAUUUGUCGGCAUUUACCUGCUCUUUCUUUUCUUCCAGUAAAUAAAGUAAUCGAAGGUUGGGAAAUUGUGAAAUUAUUAUUUAGUGAUAACGAAAGAGAACAAUCACUUUUAGAAUACUUCGAAAAUACUUACAUUUAUGGUAAACCAGCUAUGAGACUACGUGGACGUAUUAAACCUCAACGACACCCUCCCUUAUUUCCAAUUGGCAUGUGGUCAGUAGCUUCAAGAGUUGAUGCAAAUUUUCCAAGAACAACAAAUAUUGCUGAAUCAUGGCACGGUCGACUUAAUAGAUAUAGGAACAAAUGA